AUGAACUGUUCCAUCUCGCCCGCAGUCAGCAUGAGUGGAUUGUUCAUUCUCCCAACAGAACUCAUUGAGAAAGCUCUGAAGCAUCUUGAUCAUCAUUCCAUCUUGACAUGCAGACGGGUUUGUCGCAGCUUACAUGCUCUGAUUGAUGGCUCAACAGCGAUCCAAUUUGUGAUUGCGUUUGGAUCCUCCGGACAAGAGGACGGAAUAUAUAGCCUUCUCGGGGCGAGCGAGCGUUUGAAGAUGCUAGCAGAUCACCAAACUGCAUGGAAAAAGCUUCAGUGGCGAGAGUACACAUGUGUCCCCACGAAGGGAGAGAUGUUUGCACUUCAAGGAGGUGUAUAUGCGGAGUGCGACGAUACAUCCUGCAUCAUAUAUUUUACGCAGCUUCAUUCUCGCCUGCGGGGAAUCGAUGCGAAGGAGUGGCAAGUCAAUCUUGAAUUUCCCUUUAGGGAUGCUGCUAUCGAUCCAACCCAGGAUCUGCUCGUCACGGUUGGGCGAAACCGGUCACGUAAUAUAAAUCUAUUGUCGAUGUCGUCUGGAGAUGUCCAUCCUGCUGCUAUUGCAUCAACUAUAUCGCUACCCUCCAUCCCAGGACUGAGCAAUUCUACUGACUACGACAUUGUCAUAGAUCGCGAUCGUCUUGGUAUCUUAAUCCUCAUCAGUGAGGCGCCCCGGGAGCUGGUGAUAUGGAAUUGGAAGACUGGGAUGAUCAUCAUGUGGUUGCAUGGAAGAAAGAUCAAGUCGGCUCCAAUCUUCCUAGAUGAACGCUUCGUCUUAGUUGGCCGUUACUUUGAUUCGCCUGCAGAUGGCAACAACUAUGCAGAGCUGGUGAUUUACGACCUGCGAGCCACUUCUCCACAAAACUUUGAUGUGGCAUGCGCACCAUAUCAUUGCACGUUUCAGUUUCCCCCGUUCAGUCGAGGCUUCUCCAUUUUCGCAGAUCCCAGCGCUGAUUGGGAGCCUAGGGCAGAUCUGCGCGCCCCCUUUCAUGCCUCGCCUAGGGAUCGGCUUCUUCUUGUAGGAAUUCGCGGCUUAUGCCUGUUAAUUCGCUCGCAAUCUCUGCUAGAUCAUUCACAUGACCCCGAGUUUUCCACAAGUCACCAUGUAUGGUCCUGGGGAACGUGGUGUUCUAGAGAUUUCCAUGACUUGGCGCUGCUCUCAGAUCAACGAUCGAGUCCAACGAUCCACCUCCGGGUAUAUGACUGCCAUCCCGAGCGGAUUGCCCCUUCCAAGCGCAAUUGUUUGGAAAUGGAAGGGUGGAGAAGGUUAGGACCUCGAGGCUUGUAUCCAUGGGCUAGCAAUGGCAUGGACAGUGGUGUAUCAGCAGUCCCAUCCGCCUUUUGCAAGGACCUUACCCUGCCGUUCCAAGUCGACCCAUAUGCAACGGAGACGGUCAUGCUCAGUCAAGAUACUCUUGUGGUUCUUGAACAUACUGGUGAGUCUGUUGUCGAUCUGGACUUUACUGUGCGAAUAUUAUUCAUAUGGCUCCUCUUCCUUCCAAGGGUGAGGCACUAUUUCCGAGGGAAGGGAAUCAUCAUACGCAUGGGCGAAGAUCAUACACAAGGUUCUGUGACAAGUUGCAACGAAACGAGGCGAAAAGGUCAAGGUGUCGCCAUGGACUGA